UAUAAUUAAUUGAAUUAUUUCAAAAGAAUUACAACAUUUUUUUUUCCCGCACAAAAGCAACACAACAUUUUCCAAGUCGACUUUUCCAGUGUGCAAUUUGAGUUUGAGUUUAACGGUUAAUCUCGCAGUGAAUUGAAAUCUAACGCAAGGACACGCACACAGGACGAACGUAUUCCCAACUGGCUACCAAUUGAGCAGUUGUUAGAAAUGGAUGCGCUACGCUUGCGUGGUUCGCCAUUUGUACGCUUCGGCGGUGGCGCUGGGCAUGGACCAGGACUGCCACAUCCACAUCCGCAUCCACAGGCGCAUGCCGUGCACAGCGUUCAGCAGGAGCCGCUUAUUGUUGUGGAGGAAUCAAAUUUGCCCGAAGAACUGGAGCCGGAGAGCUCGGAGACAUUCUCGAAUCGUGCCAGUCUGGACAUCGACUCGCCCGUGAAUCCAUAUUUGCUAUCACCAUGGCGUGAUCCGCGCGAGGCCCGCAAGCAUUCUCUGCCCUCACAACAGGUCACCGACGGCAUCACCGCCAGUCAGGUGCGUCGUCUCUCCGAACGCGGCGGCGAGGGUUCCGGCCCAUCGCCCAAAGAGGCCGCAUUUUUGGCCACACUCUCACAGGCCCCAGCUCCAUCUGGCCGUCGGCACUCGGUUGUCACCAUCUCCAAGGUGCCCACCACACUCUUUGGACGCUCUCGGCGCGAAUCUGUCGCCGCAUAUCCGUCAACCAAUGGCAGCAGUCGUGUAUUGAACUCGCGUCGGGAGAGCAACACAGGACCUCCAUCAACAGAUCCGAUUGGGAGCAUACACAAUUUGCAGCUGGACAUUAUGGAUGACAUUUAUUUGCAGUCGCGCAAGGCUCGCUUGAAGCUUUGGACAUCCAGCAACGAGAAAGUGUGCGAGGUGCAGACGGUCGAUGAGGUGGGCGCUGGGGCACCAGGCAGACGGUAUACCAAUCGACGGUAUUCCGAGUGCCCCCAGCCGGGCGUAGGUGGCAUUAGCACAUUGCGUCGUGGCUCGGAGCACCCGCAGCCGCAGCCGCCGAGUGUCUCGCCGCAGCCGCCAUCGGCACGUGCAUCGAUGCGACGCAAGAAGUCAGGCAGCGGCCUGGGCUUGCUGGGCAGCCGGACGGAUAUAGCUGGCAUCUUUAGCUCGAUAACCGGUUCGGGCAGCAGCUCGAUCAUUGAUACGCACAGACCGGAUCCGGAUGGCGGUUCGUCUAGCUCAUCGGGGGCAACUGGGAACAGUGCUACCAGUCCCUUCUUGAGCAAUACGUUCCAACAGGCAGCUCGCGGUCGCACCACCAGCGCGACACCCACACCCAGUGGCGGGCAAUCAUCGGGCCUGCUGCUGGAUCCGAACGCAGGCCGCUCGACACGCUCCAACAGCUUUGACGUAUCCAUAUUGAACAAUGCCAAACAGCUAGUGACCGAGGCACAGGACAACAGCUCGGCAGCCAUAUCGGGCUGGUUUGGCAAUAAGCGGACGCCGCUUGCGCGCAAGAAGAGCAUGCGGAGCAAGAGUAGUGCCGUUGCUCUGUCAAAGGACAUGCUGGAGCGGCUGCAGAAGAAGGAUCCGCUUGCUGGCGACUCUGGCAAGCCGAAGCUAAAGCCACGCAGCAAGCAAAAGAAGAGCUGGGCAGAUGCCACCAAGGCGAAUAUUGUGGAUGCCACCAUGUUGGGCUCGGCCAUCGAGGGAUUUCUGCGCAAGAGCUCCAAUGCUAGCAUGGGUGGCGGAACUAGUGCCGCCGGCGCUUCCACAUCCACAUCUGGCAGCCGUUCGGGCAACGCCAGUGGCAGCGGCAAGGGGGCUAUACCCAAGGACUCUGGCGCCAGCAGCAGCAGUGCCAGCUCUGGAGGGGCACGACGCACUCGUCAGUCCGCUGCGAGCUCUGCUCAGUCGCAGGCCGGACGCGCCAUGCGCUCCACGCUCAACUGGUUUAGUAAGGGCGACGAGGAUGAUUCCAAAGAUACGUGCGAUGCCUCUCUGUGCGCCACACUUAAGGAUCUCUUUGUCAAAUAGAUCGGGGGUACGAGACGCAAGUAAACGGACAGCGACGGCGAAUAGUGUUGGGCAUAGGAGGCAGGCAGAGGCGAUCAGAAGAAUAGAAGUGGGCUACUUGCAUCUCUAAUACCACGAAUACAAUAAAACGAAAUCAUAAGCACAGGAAACACAUGAAAAACAAUACCAAA